AUCUGAGGCUGGAAUGAAAACCUGCAUCCACACGGCCCUCCAUGGCACGAGUUUGACACCACUGGUUUAACACAUGACCACAGAAUCUUGAAGGGAACAUCUUUGUGUAAAACUAAAAGUAGGAUUGUAUAUUCCAUAUUUAGUUGCAGAUAGUGAUAGAAUGACGUGGUAUAAUUACACAAUUAUUUUGCUAUUCAGUGAGCAGUGGUUUUUCCCAGCUGUAUUGGCCUACCUUCAGGCUACUGUUGGCUUCAUCUUGCUAUGACCGAAUACAAAUUUUUGGUGGUGAAAGAAUAUUUUUAUGAACUCCCAGAUGGAUGCUAUUUUCCAGUGUCACAGUAGUUGCCACUGCUCCCUUGUUCCACAAUCGGUUUUCUAUUUCUGAUACUGUUUUUAAAUGUAUUUAAAUUGUAUAUAUUGGAAAUCUCAAGACUGCAAUAAUGAGUCCUCCUUGACAGAACUAUGGAAUGGGAAAACAAAAUUGGAAUGGGGGACAAUUUGCAUGGCAGAUCUUUAAUCUGAUUGGUUAUCCUGCUAUGCUCUCCAUCGCUUUUGGUUGCUUCACAGGCUAGCCUUGCGGCGCCAGCAAUCUCAAAAGACCUUGCUGAGGCAACCCGUUUUAUUUUAAUUGUGAUGUAAAAUGAGUGUCGUAUUUCUGUGUAAUGUUCAUUUUGAGUAUGUGAAAAGUUCCUGGAUGUAUACUAGUUCACAAUGUUUCUUGCAACUGUGUUUGUGUAUGUAUAUACAUAUUUUGGGUGAACUGCCCCUUUAAAUUGCUUAUCCUUUCCUUUAGCUUCUCUAAUGUAUUGACCAAUAUUUGAGAUUGUGACCACGUUGCCAUCAAUUUCAUGUUAAAUCUUUUUGCCUCAAUUAAAUUUUCAGCCUUCAACAUUUUAUAACACCUUGAAGCAGACUAUACAGAGCUUGGUAAACCAACAAAAUGUUUCAAUUACAUUACUACAGUUUAACAUAAUAGAGCUCUGUAUUGCAAAUGCACAGUUCUAAGGUUGAAUGCAUUUCCAAAUGUCAUACAAGUACAUACAAUAUCAUACAAUUAGGUACAUUGACUUUCUAUGACUAAGUUCCCAUUUCUUCAAAUGAUUUUAAGUUGCAAACCUCAUCAGCAGCAAGGAUAGAAAGGCCAGAUUUGUAUUUUUUGCUAAAGGAGCUCUGGAACAAAAUUAUAUUAUGAGAUGUAUUAUUUAUGAGACCAAAAUAAACCUUUACCAAAGUGAAGGAAAGAUGGAAGUGUGGAGAAUGGAAGGAACAGCCUGUGAUCCAAAAAACCCUCCCUCAUCUGUGAAAUAUGGAGAAUGUAGUGUCAUGGCUUGGGCAUGUAUGGCUGCUUCAGGAACAGGCUCAGUCAUCUUUAUUGAGGAUGGCUGUAGUAGGAUGAAUUCAGAAGUGAACAGAUUUUGUCUGGCUAUACAUAGAGAAAUUCUUACAAUGUCAUGGGCCAGUGCUGCCCCCAGCGGCAAGACAUUAACCCCAAAUGCACUGCCUAUGCAACAAAAGCAUCAAUGGGAAAAAGUGGAAAGUAUUGGAAUGGCUAUGUCAGUCACCUGAUUUAAGUCCAAUUGAACCUGCAUUUCACUUGCUGAAGAGCAGACCCAAGACAGAAACCCUCCUAAGGGUCAACUGCAAGGGACUGCAGUGAAGACCUGGAAAAUCAUUUCCAAAGAAGAUACCAAACAAUUUGUCAAUGGGUCAUUGACAAGAUGCAGUUAUUGCAUUUAAGGGCUAUGCAACUAACAUUUAGACUAAAUUUUAACUCACUUUUGUGUAGUAACGUAACACAAAAACGGCUGUUUCUGUAAAAAAAGAAAUAGUACAACAUAUACUCGUGAACACGAAGCAACUAAACCUGUUUGUACUUUUUUUGGUCAUAUCUAUCAUUUGAUCUCAAAUCUGAACGCCUUAAGUAUGUAGAAAAAAUGGCUAACUUCACUGUUCCCACCCAUGUAUCUGCAAUAUAUGCAGAUUUACAGUUUAAACUUGUUCACGCUGAUAAAUUGCAUAUUAGCUCGUCGGAGGAAAAGCGCAAACAACGAUGUAGUCUAGCCAUGACAGGGAAAUAAAGAACAAUAAUGAAAUAUUUGAAAACAGUAUUGCGUCAUAUAACGCCUUACCUGAGUAUUAUACGUUAAACUGAAAAUACAACGAGUUAUUUCAGGUAAGGCAAACCCACCGAUAUUCGGCAAACUAAAGGAGGAGCCCUGGUUUGUUUGCAUCCAAAUUCAAACUGUGGCCCAAUAAGAUUCGCCGGUGUGCGGACGGGGCGGUCGCAGGCGUGGCAGAUUCAUCCUGUCAGUUUUAUGUCAGCCAAUACGGACUACCCGUGUGACGGUGCUGAAUGGGACGCAAAAUACAAAUGCUUUAGUUAGCUGCAUUUUUCCUGUGUCAGAAUUCAUAAAACAGGAUAUUCUUGUGGCGUGAGGGACGCGUUUACCGGUGCAGUGCAAUGGCUUUAUCGCAGUGCUUGGAUGAUUCGCCAGGGUUAAGGGCCUUUAUGCGAGGUGACAUUAACAUUCAGGAGCUGUACAACGAACGGCACCGGCUUGCUUUGGAGGAGCUGGUCGCAGGUGGGGUAAACGCUUACUUAGAUUUCUUAAAAAAGGAGAGGAUACCCAAUUUUCUCUCCGACGAGGAAAUUCAACGCAUCAGUAUCGCUGCGGUGGUGCCACGAUGCGUGUCUCUGUUGGGGGAGGACACCGGGUUGGAACAAUCCAUGACUAGCUCGAUGGAUUGCUCCUCCGUCACUUACUUCCCCGAGGUGUCGGACGUUGAGCCGCCGCUUCUGGAAAUAGGAUGGCCGGCGUUCACCGCAGGUUCUUACCGAGGAGUCACCAGGGUUGUUGCCCACUUUCAGCCUAGCUACGGCGAGUGCAUUUACAGCUGCAAGGAAGCUGCGAGAAGAAUGAUCAAAAGUGCAAAAGAGGUGAUCGCCGUGGUGACAGACUCCCUCACAGACCUGGACAUCUUCAGGGACUUGCGGGAGGCCUGUACCCAGCGCAGGGUUCCCGUGUACAUCCUGCUAGACCAAUCCUGUGUCCCCUCCUUCCUGCAGAUGUGCCAGAACCUCAAUCUGCACCUGGAUGAAAUGCGGCAAAUGCGGGUGCGCUCCAUAACUGGGGCCACCUACUUCUUACGCUCCGGAGCCAGGAUCACGGGGAAGGUGCAUGAGCGGUUCAUGCUCAUUGACGGAAACCGGGUGGCCACAGGCUCAUACAGGUUUAACUGGACAGACGGUAAGCUGAACAGCAGUAAUCUGAUCGAGCUGUCGGGUCAGGUCACGGAGCACUUUGACGAGGAAUUCCGCAUUCUCUACGCCCAGUCGCUGCCCAUCAGCGCACGGGCGAGCCACGGAAGCGCCCGGAACAGCGGCAUCUACGAGCACCUCCUCCUCAAACCGCCUGCCGCGGCUCCGCCCCCCAUUCCCCUGGAGCUGCAGCCCGAGCUCAGCAGGCUGACCAGCACCCCCAACCGGGUGCAGGUGCACAGCAGCGGGACUGAGGGGCGCAGCCGGAAGAGCAGCGCUCUGUCGGACUCCUCCACCCUCGGCGAGGACUGGAUGGAGCAGGAGCACAUGAGGGAGGUGCUGGUUGAUGGGAUCCCUGCUGCCAUGCCCAUGGACACGCUCAUGGAGGGGGAGGAGCCUCCUGUGUUGGAUGUCCCGGCCCCCCCCUCCUGCCACACCUCCACGCAGACCUGCACUCACACGGCCGACCACUGCAUGCAGACUGACCCGGAAGCACCGCCCAAACGCCCUCGUCUGCCCUUCCCUUCCCCUGGUGCCGUUGCCCGGAGCGACGCUGGCUGCGCCCCUAACACCCAGCCACGCCUGCCCGUCCGGCAGCCGCCGCCCCCUGACGGUAACCUGCGGGACUGCUUCCACAAGCUGACCAAGGAGCGGCAGUACCAUUACACCACCAUCCGCACGAAGCUGGACCACAUGGUGGCGCUGCUGUCCCACCGGCGCGAGCUGGUGGACCUCACCAACCUGGCACUCAGCCCACGCCUGCACCGCGCCCGCAAGGGCCAGCCGCCGGACCACUCAGCCAACCUGCCCAUGGGCAUAGACGGCACGCUCAUGAACCCCUGGAGACGCCAGCGCUGUCUCCAGUGAGAACCGCACCCCCACACCAACGCUUGGUGACAUGCUGGUGAAAUGUGAAAAUUCUCCCGUAAGGUCAGCGAGAAUUUUCAAUAGGGGCGUGUCACUAACCAAAAGCGCACAGUCAUACGAAAUAAGAAUUUGUUCUGAAUAUUGGGUGAAAAUAGAUGUUUCUAGGAAAAAAAGGCAAGUAACCUGCAGGAAAUUUUGUGUUUAAAGGAUUAAAGCAUUUCGUGUUAUUUUUUGACUCAGGUCUGGAUGGAGCCCCAUCAGGUCCUUGUGUAACUGGUGUUGAGUCAUUCACUAGUGCCUAACGUGACAUGGAACACUGCACUGUAUUUACCGUUAGCAUUAUUCCUCUGCCUCCUCCCAGCUUGGCUGCUGUUUAAAGGGGUGGGAUUAUAAUGUAACUCUAUCUUCCUGCUGUUACACCAGUGUGUGUGCUGUGCACUUUACUUAAACCGAACAUAAACAGAACCAUUUUGGUCUUGGAAAACCUAACAAUGAGGUAAGCGUGCAAAUGUUUUUGUUUUGUUUUUUUAUCUUAUUUUUAUUAUUUUUAAAGACUCUUUUUAUUUUACAUUUUAUUCGACCUCCCAGGAUUUUAAACCUCAAAUCUAAUUUCUGUAUUCUGUAAAUAUAAGAGUGGCAGGAGAAAAGAAAGCACAAACCGUGUACUAAUGGUUUAAGAGCAAUGCUGUUUUGUCAACUCUGCUGUGUAUUACUUCUCAACUCUGUACUAUGUGUGGUGGUGCUUUAUAUUUUUGUUUUUUUCUUCUCUCUCUCAGUCUGUAAAGCUGCCCCUGUUCUGAGAUGCUGUUCUGUACACAUGGAUGUUGGAAUAUAAAGAAUUAUAUUGUCACACUACAAAAUUUGGAACUGUUUGGCAGUGGCGAGAGACUGGUUUAUAGUCUUGGGUGGGUGCAGGUUUUCGAGAGAUUUUACUCAUCACGUUUAAUGACAAGCUUUUCCAAAAAAUGUUUGUGUUUUUGGAACCGCAAUCAAAAUGUGUUAAUUGUCAUGUCAUGUCUUUAAAUCUCAUCAGAGAGAUUUUAUCAUGCCAAGCUUGAAAAAAUUGUGAUUUAAAAAAGGAUAAUAAAAUGUAUGAGUGAUGA